CUCGUGCCUCGUCUCGAGUAGGGACACCAAGAUAUUAUCAUCACGGCCACAUCUGUACUACCACUGACUGCUCUACAAGUAGUGGCUCCUCACAACCAAGCUCGCAGGAUCAUCCGCAACGGCCGAAAACUUGAAUUAGACUACCCGUUGUUCUACCACACAAGGAUCGCAAACCCACCCCAUCCUCCCUCCAGCUGCCAUUCGCGAUGGCCGAUGAGCAGAUUGGUCCAGAUAAUGACCAUGUGGAGAUGGUAGGUUACCGAUGAAUAUUAUGCGAGGAUGCUGACUUCCUCGGGAGGACGAGCGGGACGAUGACUCUGCUCUCGGGGACGACAUGUCAACCUUGACUCAGUCCGUCCGCUCGUCGAUCUAUGAAGGGCGGUACGAGAAUGGCCGCCGGUAUCAUGUCUACAAGGACGGCAAAUACUUUAUGCCGGAAGACGAGAUCGAGCAGGAGCGAAUGGACAUGCAACACCACGCCAUCAUCACCACGCUGGGACGACAUUUCUUCUCGCCGGUAGAGAACCCGGCCAGAAUUCUCGAUCUGGGCUGUGGGACGGGCAUAUGGGCCAUCCAGGUAGCCGACGACCAUCCCGACGCCGAAGUUUUCGGUGUCGAUCUCAGUCCGAUGCAGCCCAGCUGGACCCCUCCGAACGUCAAGUUCGAAAUCGACGACGUCGAAGACGCCUGGACCUGGCCCGAGAAUCAUUUUUCUCUGGUGUUCUCCCGACUGAUGAUAUCCGGGAGCAUCCAGAACCUUGCAAAAUAUACUCAACAGAUCUUUCGACACCUUUCCCCCGGCGGCUAUUUCGAGUCUCAAGAAGUGCAAAUUCGACUGGGCAAUGAUAUCAAAGACAUCCCCGAGGAAGAUCCUCUGCCGCUGUGGUGUAAAUAUAUGAGGGAAAGUAUUGGGGAGAUGGGCCGGACCCUCGCUCCCGAUUUGGAUCAGAUUGGAGUCGAGAUGCGCAACGCGGGCUUUGUGGACGUCGUGGUCCGCCCUUUCAAACUGCCGCUGGGGACGUGGCCCAAAGAUAAAAGAUUGAAGCAAGGCGGAUCGGCUCAGCUGGUGGCCUUGUAUCAAGGGUUACAGAGCAUCAGUUUGGCCCUUUUCACUAGGUGCCUGGGCUGGUCGCCCGAGGAGGUCGAGGUCUUUCUGGCUCAAGUAAGGAAAGACAUGAUGGCCAAAUCGAGGCAGGGGUUUUACUUCUACAGUGCCGUGAUAUAUGGCCAAAAGCCUCCACGAGACGACUAAGGAAAACCCGUGAUUGUCGAAUCAUGCAACAAACCAAAAGAGUCAGAUAUUACUGCGGGCAAUCCAACAAGCUUUGAUCAAUUUCGGCCUACUUCAACGCGUCGAGACAUAUCCCGCAUGCGUCGUGACGUGGAUAGGCGCCUAGACAUGAUAAGCUUCCUUUCCGAGUGACAACAGGAACACUAAUGAAUUGUAACCAGAGUCCAUGAGGCUGCGGUCCCCGCUGCUCAUCGAGAAUGGUGCAGCUGUAGACUUUUGAGUUUGUAUGGCUGACGAUGACGAUGACGAUGACGAGAUCCAAGGUCCUGAUGGCCUGGGUCGUCAGAG